AUGAUAGCUGAGCCCAACGCAGCCAGCAACAUUCCCAGCCAGAAAGAGAAUGGUGUCCAUGAUGAGACUGUGCCUGAGUCUGCUGUGCAGAACGGCAGCUGUGUGAGAAAUGGCAACCUGAAAACAUGUAGAGAGAAACGGAAGGUCCGAGAACAGUGUGAAAACAUAAGGAGAAGUUCUUCCAGUAGCCGAAGAGCGAGCCAGCUGCAGAAUGGAGAAGUGGUUGAGGCAGUUACAUUGUUUGAAGUGGUUAGCGUGGGGAAGCAGGCCAUGCAGUCUGUAGUAGAUGACUGGGUUGAAGCUUAUAAACAAGACAGGAAUGUGGCACUUCUAGAUCUUAUCAACUUCUUCAUUCAGUGCUCAGGCUGUCAAGGCAUGGUAACAGCAGAGAUGUUUCAGAGUUUGCACAAGAUGGAUGUCCUGCAAAAAAUGACAGAGACCUUUGAUGAGGAAACUGGGUUGCACUACAAGAAAUUCAUGGCCUAUCCUUGGAUCCUGACAGUUACUUGGCCGGUGGACACUGACAAUGAAGACUACCCACUGAUCAGAACAGGACCCUAUUGGAAGAAGUUCAAGGCCAAUUUCUGUGAAUUCAUUGCAGUGCUUGUCCAACAGUGCCAGUGCAGUGUCCUGUAUGAUAGCUAUUUGAUGGAUGCUGUCAUCUCGCUGCUUACAGGCUUAGGGGACUCCAUGGUCAGAGCAUUUAGACACACAAGCACUUUGGCAGCAAUGAAACUUCUGACUGCAGUUGUAAGCAUACAUCUGAACCUUGAUGUCAACAAACACAAUGCUCAGAGAUUAUAUGAGGUGGAGAAGAGGAGGAUAAGUGGCAAGAGGACCAAUUACAGACUUGACCAGCUAGAGAGAAAAAGCCAAGAGUAUGAGCAGAAGCUGCUAGAGAUACAGAACAUGAUGAGUGCUAUUUUCAAAGGGACCUUUCUAAAACGUUACCGUGAUGUGAUCCCUGAGAUACGAGCAACUUGUGUUGAAGAAAUUGGCAGCUGCAUCAAAACAUACCCAGAUGCUUUUUUAAAUGAUAGCUACUUAAAAUACAUUGGGUGGAUGCUGUAUGAUAAGCAAGCUGAAGUGCGGUUGAAGUGUCUUCUGGGACUGCAGGGAAUUUAUAGCAGAAAAGAACUUGUUUCCAGGAUGGAUCUCUUUACCAGCAGAUUCAAGGAUCGAAUUGUGUCCAUGCCUCUGGACAAGGACCAUGAAGUAGCAGUUCAAGCCAUGAAACUCUUGAUGCUUAUGUCACAGAACUGUGAGGCUGUGUUAUCAGCUGAAGACUGUGAAACCUUAUACCAGUUUGUUUAUACCACACACCGUCCGCUUGCAGUAGCAGCUGGGGAAUUCCUUUAUAAAAGGCUGCUCGGUCAUGAGGGAGAUGAAGAAGUUCAGCCCAAAGGAGGAGGGAAGUUUGGGGCGAGUACCGACCAGUUGAAAAGAUUAAUACGUUUUUUCCUGGAGGGCGAGCUGCACAGACAUGUUGCAUACCUCAUAGACAGCUUGUGGGACUGGGCUGGCAAAUUGCUGAAGGACUGGGAGUGCAUGACCACUCUUCUAUUAAAAAGUGCCGAACCAGGUGGAGAAGCACUGAGUGAUGCCCAUGAAAAUGCUCUCAUUGAAAUUAUCCUCGCAACGGUUAGAGAAGCAGCUGAAGGUCAUCCUCCGGUGGGCAGAGGUGCAGCCAAAAAAAUUCUGUCAGUAAAAGAGAAGAAAAUACAAUUGGAAGAUUGUACCAAAAUUACUGAGCACUUUAUUAUGGUGCUUCCUCAGCUCUUGGCAAAGUAUUCAACAGAUGCACAAAAAGUGGCAAAUCUUCUGCAGAUUCCUCAGUAUUAUGAUUUAGAUGCUUACAGUACGGGACAUCUCGAGAAGCAUUUGGAUGCUUUGCUGAGAGAGGUAAAAGACAUUGUGACCAAACACACUGACAUAUCUGUCCUUGAGGCUUCCUCCCGGACUUACUGUAUCCUCUGCAGUGAAGAAUUUGCCAUCUACAACCAGGUGGAUUGUGCCCGAACUCAACUGAUAGAUGAGUUGAUGGGACAGCUCAACCAUCUACUAGAUGGCUUCUGGCAAAAGGAAGAAGGAUUUUGUAUGGAUGCAGAAGAAAUUUCCCGGAUGCACUUUGCCUUGAGAAGAGUAGCAGCUUUUUAUAAUGCCCAUGAUCUCACCAAGUGGAAUCUGUAUGACAAGACAUUAAGGUUGCUAGCGUUUGAAAGGGAGCAUGGGAGUUUGCCUGUUCUGAUGAUCCUGCCAGCUCUCCAGUGCAUGUAUUUUUCUCUCCUGUGGCAACUAGCUGCAGUUUCGGAAAAUUCCCCCAAGACUCUUCUGGCACUAAGAAGAGAGCUGAGGCAUUUCAAUCAGAUUUGCUUGUGCUUCCUCCACCAUAAGGAAAAAGAUGUAAGAGAAAAGGCCUUCAUGAUACUCUGUGACUGGUUGCUGAUUUUGAGUCAUCAGGAUUCCAAUAAUAAUGAAGAAGCAGUCGGACUUCUAGGUUAUCUUCCUAACGCAUCACUUCAGGAAAAACUGCUUUUGUUUAUCCAGGAACAUGUUUUCGUAGAGGAAGAAGAGGAAAGCAAAGACCUGACAGAAGAGGAGGAGAGAAAGGAUGAAAGUUGCAAACUUGACGACUUGCACAAAAAGCGGAGUCUUCUUGCAGCAUAUUGCAAGUUAAUAGUGUAUAACGUGGUAGAGAUGGCUGGGGCAGCUGAGAUCUACAAGUAUUACGUGAAGACCUACAAUGACUUUGGGGACAUAAUUAAAGAAACAUUAAGCAGGACGAGGCACAAUAACAAAAUUCAGAGUGCGAAGACACUGAUUCUCUGUCUGCAGCAGCUGUUUCAGACGCAUGCAGAAAGCCAGGAGGGCAGCAGCCGUUUGGACUUCUCCUGCACUUCCUUCACAAAUAUGAAAGAACUCGCUCGUCGCUUUUCACUAACGUUUGGCUGGGACCAGGUGAAAUCUAGAGAAUCUGUAGCUAUGAUACACAAGGAAGGGAUUGAAUUUGCUUUUCAAGGAGCUAUGGGAGUAGAUGGAAAAUGCUUGCCUCCUAACUUGAGCUUUCUGAUAAUCAUCAGUGAGUUUUCCAGCAAGCUGCUAAAGCCUGACAAACGACUAGUGUACGCUUACUUACAGAGGUACGUGGCAGAACCACUGCCUUGCAGAGGAGACGAGUGGCAGCCGUUGGUCUGGUACAGAAACUCCUUACUGGAAAAUGAAGAUGAGGAGACCUCUGUCCUCGGCAGCCUGGGAGAGUGGUCCCCUGUGGGCACAUCGAAGACGUCUUCUUUCAAAAGAAAAUUGUCUAACGGGUCUUUGCCUCUAACCAGCCACGCUGAGGCAGCAAGCAGCACUCCAGACCUGCAGCAUGCUUCCCAGCUGGCCUCGGCAACAGGGAAAAGCAGGAAGAGGCUAAAGUCUCGAGAGACGCCCUUGCAAGGAUGUUUGCCAUUCCUUUGUCCAGGAGAGCUGCGGAGAAGGGACUGCAAAGGAGAAGUUAAGACAGAAGGUGUCUCAGAGGAGGGUCAAGCAGAAGACUCAGUCGAAGACGUUGAUGUCGAUGUGGUUGGUGCAGAGCAGGACGGUUAA